AAGAAAUAAUAAUUUGUAGAUCCUCCGCGCACCGGAAACUAAUAAACCUGUCUGUCUAUAUAUACUUGAAAUCGCAUCUGACAAAACCGCUAAAACUCUCUGCUCUUUCAUCCAAGUGUGUGUUCGUUACUUCUCUCUUCUUCUCCACAGAAUCUCUGUUCCAAUAUCAGACAAGAGACAAAGCUUCGAUUUUCGAAACGACCCAUCCUUCUAAUUUGUCUUCUGCUUCUUGUUUUCUGUGUCCCUUCAUUAAAAGCUUCAUUUUUCCUUUUUGGGUUGGAGAGUUGCAGAUUGAGUGAUCAAGGGGCGAUGGGCAAUUGGAGAAAUCGACCGCACCGAAGGUUUUACCGUCAGGAUAGAGCUCCUAAAUACCCUUCUUCUUAUCAUGACCCUGAACCGUCUUUUUCUGAGUUUUGGAAUGAUGGUGUGCCUUUGUGGGAGAAGAAAUUCUGCACUUUAGUUGGAUUGGUAUCAUGGCGGAAGAUUGUUGAUGCCAAGAAGUUCAUGUGCUACAAUGAUAAUGUGCUCAAUUGGGAUGACUCAGCUGGAGAAGAAGCAUUUCAAAAUGCAAAAAAGCGCUAUUGGGCAGAGAUUAAUGGCCUCUCCUGUGACAUUCCUACUCCUGAUCCAGAUGCUUUUAUUGAUCGCAUAAAUUGGAAUCCUCAUAUUGAUCCUGAAUUGAUUACGGAUUUAGAACAAGAAUACUUUGCUCCCAAAGACAAAGAUGGCAAGGUAGUACUUGAAAACAAAACUGUGACGAACCUUUCAUCUGCUCCUUCAAAAGGGUGUAAUACAAACCCUUGUAAGGUUGAGAAUCCUUGGGAAUGCAACAAUGAUAUUCAGGGUAAUAGUGGUCUUAAGGAUCUCGAAGGCUGGGGCCAGCCGGUUUGUAAAGUUGAUGGUUCUAGGAAUUUAAAUAGUAAUGGAAACAAUCCCUGGGAGAAUAGCAAUACUCUGGGAAAUGAAAGUGGAAAGUACAACUCAUGGGGAGAUUGUGGGUCAAGGGAUUGGAAUACUGGCAACAAUUCAUGGGGCCAUAGCUGUCAAGGCGUUGGCUCUAGGAAGGAUGAUGGAUGGGAAGAAUUCAAGCGGAAGUCUUGGGGAAGGAACCAGCGGGAAUAUAAGAAGUUGCCUAACGGGGAUAAUUCAUGGGACCGUAGCUUUCUUGAACAAAAUGAAGCUCCUAAUAAUCAGGGGUGGGGAGAUUGUGGGAGAAAUUCAUGGGGUUGGAAACAGUGGGAGAAUAAGAAUAUUAGGUCAAGAAAGUUGGACUUCAGAAAAACUAGCAGCAGUGGCAGAGCGUGGCAUGGUGGUUCCCGGAAGAGGGAAGGUUCUCAUCAGUAUAUAUUGGGUUACAAUAGCCACAGGUUCCAACGGGAUGAGAAUCAGACAAGUCAUUGCUGGAGGAGUGGGAAACCUAACAAGAGGGUUAGCUUUGCACUUGAGUAGCCAAUGUUGCUGACCAAAUACAGCGUUCUGGAUAUUACCAGAUUCUCUGUCCAUCGAGCCAUGAAUACCUAUUCACUUCAUUUAUGGUUUCAUGAGCAGGGAUGAUGGUGCCCUUCUGUGCAAUUCAUUCAACUGCAGAGCAGAUAAGAGUGAACCUUCCCCUUGAGCUUAGGAAGAGCAUGGGAGUUCAUACAUUUAGGCUUUGUUAAAUAUAGGCGUCUUUGUUUUGAUACAUGAGAAAAGAUCUGCCUAGAGCGGUGCUAUUUUUUCAUUAAUCUACUAGUUUAUCCGUGAUAAAGUGUUAUGGUUCUCAUUUAGCAAGGUUCCUGGUAAAAUCAUUAUGCUUCUUGCAUUCUUAAUUGCUGAAAUUGAUUUU